GCGGAGAGUUAACGACUGCCAGCCCCAGCUCCGGCCCCGGUCCUUUCCCCGAUGUAUGUAAGGGACAUAUACCCUGACAUAUUGCUGCGUGAGAGGCACCCCUAAACUUAAAGUACCUAGGCUGGUCCUUUGCCAUCCGUCUAAUCUGUCUAGCUGCCCCUCUACUCUCGAGGCAUCAUGAGCCGGGCUGUGAACGCGACUCGGUGUGUAUUUCGGCUCGGUGCCGCGGGGCGAACCCGUGGGUGGAUUACCGGCGGGCAGCGGCGGCCCCUUUCAGGCACGGCCGCGGCCUCGGCAUCGGGGUCGCUUCCCCUCGAGGGAUACCGAGUACUGGACAUGACAAGAGUCCUUGCCGGUCCGUAUUGCACUCAGAUCCUGGGCGACCUUGGCGCAGAGGUGAUCAAGAUUGAGCAUCCGGUCAGAGGGGACGACACGCGAGCUUGGGGGCCGCCCUAUGCCUCAUACAAGUCAGGUUCAUCGCUGGAAGGACCCGGCGAGUCCGCAUACUUUCUGGGGGUGAACCGCAACAAGAAAUCGCUGGCUCUGUCAUUCCAGGAUCCAGCCGGAGUGGAAAUUCUCCACAAGCUGGCUGCGAAGUGCGACAUCCUCGUCGAGAACUACAUCCCCGGCUCGCUCAAAAAGUACGGCCUGGACUUUGAGACGAUCCACAAGAUCAAUCCGGGCCUGAUCUAUGCCUCCAUCACCGGUUACGGCCAGACCGGGCCAUACUCGCAACGCGCGGGCUACGACGUGAUGGUGGAGGCCGAGUUUGGCCUCAUGCACAUCACCGGCUCCAGGGACGGCCCGCCCGUCAAAGUCGGCGUGGCGGUGACCGACCUCACGACGGGCCUGUACGCGAGCAACAGCAUCAUGGCAGCACUGCUUGCCCGCGCGAAGACGGGCAAGGGGCAGCACAUUGACGCUGCGCUGAGCGACUGUCAGACGGUGACGUUGGCGAACAUAGCCAGCAGCUGCCUGAUCAGCGGCGAGAAGGACUCUGGACGGUGGGGGACGGCGCAUCCCUCCAUCGUGCCAUACCGGUCCUUCAAGACCAAGGACGGCGAUGUGCUCUUUGGCGGAGGGAACGAUCGGCUCUUCGGCAUCCUGUGCGACGGACUGGGCCGCCCCGAGUGGAAGGAGGAUCCCAAGUUCAAGACCAAUGCGUCUCGGGUGGCCAACCGCGACGAGCUGGAGGCCGAGAUCGAGAAAAUCACGGUUACCAGGACGACCCAGCAGUGGCUCGAGGUGUUUGAAGGCAAGGGCAUGCCGUACGCGGCCGUCAACGAUGUCCUCGGCACGCUGACGCACGAGCACACCAAAGCACGGAACAUGGUGGUCGAAGUGGAGCACGGGGAGUGCGGCACCAUCAAGCUGCUGAACACGCCCAUCAAGUACUCAGAAAGCAAGCCCCGGAUCCGCAGUCCGCCUCCCACCCUGGGGCAGCACACGGAUGAGAUCCUGCGCGAGCAUCUUGCUAUGGGUGAUGCGCAAAUACAGGAGCUGAGGAGCAAGGGAGUUAUUAGGUAGUUGGUCACACAAAAUAGGGAGCUGCUAUAGUGGACAGAACUUUGCAUCCUAUGCCACCGUCCCAGAAGGAGAAUGGCUGUCUGCUGGGCCGCCUGCUGGGCUGUGAGCUGCUGGUGUUGGUGUGCGAGGCGGCACUCCUGAACGCGGCGCGGGUUAGGGUUACUGUAGUAACACGUGAAAUUCACGUGAGCGUGAACAUCAAACCUUCGUCGUUUGCACCUUCC